AUGGACAUUAAUCUUGAUCAGAUGAAUAGCUAUCAUUAUCCUAAAAUCAAUUCUAUCUGGUCUAACCCUAAUUUUGGAUUGCCUCCAACACAGGAUAAAUUAAAUUUAUUCUUUUUUAGAUGGACUCCUUUAAAUCCCCAGGCCCCUGAUGGUAUUCAACCUAUUAUCCUCCAACAUCAUUGGUCUUCCCUUAGCUCCUCUAUCACUAGUUUUAUUUUUGAUUGCUUUUCAAAAGGUUCCAUUCCUGCUGCCAUUAAUGAUUCCUAUAUCUCCCUGAUUCUCAAAUGUGAUUAUCCUAUUUCUAUGACUGAUUUUAGACCUAUAGGAUUAUGCAAUUCUAUCUAUAAACUUAUAACCAAAUGUAUUUCUAAUCGUUUAAAGCCUAUUAUGGAUGAUCUUAUUAGCCCCUUUCAGUCUAGUUUUAUUCCUAAUAGAUCUAUCGAGGAAAAUAUUAUCAUUAUUAAAGAAGUGACCCAUCAUUUUAAUAAGGCUUCCAAUAAGGCUAACCUUAUGGUUCUUAAAAUCGAUCUUUCAAAAGCUUUUGAUUGCUUAGAAUGGGAUUUUAUUAAGGACACCCUUCUUAGUAGCAAUAUCCUUGCUAAUAUUGUUAAUCUUAUCCUAAGUUGUAUUUGCACCCUUAAGAUAUCUCUUCUUUGGAAUGGGGAAAUUACUGAGUAUUUCUUUCCCUCGAGGGGAAUAAGACAAGUGUGGAUAAUGUUGGUGGAGGGGUGUCAUCAGGUGUACUGUGACAAAGGCAUUUGGGUUACUGGUUUUGCUGCUAAGUUUAAUGCUAUCUCUGCUGCCUCUUCUGAACUUAUGGCUAUUAGGGAAGGUUUACUUCUUGCUUGGGAGAAGAAAAUCAAAUAUCUAGAGCUUGAAAACGAUGCAGAUCUUAAAUAA